GGUGUAUUUCCGCCCCCUUUUCAUUUUUAACGCAUGUCUCCCCCUCCUAUUUUUCCUCUUUCUAUGAAGCGAGACAAACAGAACAGCUUGGGUUGCACUUUUCUUUAUUUAAUGGCCCCCUAACGCCCCUAAGGCCUCGGCGCUGAUCACCGGUUUUCCCUCGUCGCCAUUUCUUUCAGCCGUCUGACUCUGCUCGGUGGGGGGGAAAUAUUACUAUUAAUAAUAUUAAUAAUAAUGGACAAUGACUACUCGCCCGGCUUGGAAAAUCCUCUGUACAGCGAGCUAAAAUACUUUUGUAGGAAAAUACAGGAGGCUUACAACGAGCUGAAGGAGGACCUUACACCUUACCGUGAUGAUCGAUUCUAUAGACUGGCCCCCAUGCGGCUCUACACUUUGUCUAAAAGACAUUUUGUCUUGGUUUUUGUGGUCUUCCUGAUCUGCUUUGGCCUCACAGUCGUCAUUGGAGUAGCAGGUCCAAGGAUUAUUGCUGAGCACAAUUGUGAUCAGUUAGUGGAAAACAAUGCUUCUGUAAAGACUGGACCCUUUAAUCUACUUUCUCCUCUUCUCACCACCUACAACCAGCAGCUGUGGCUCACCUGUGUGAUGCAGGCUGAAAACAGCAACAUGGGAGACUUCAAGCAGUCGUUUGAGAUCAAAGUUGAGCUGAAGGGAGUGAUGCAGGAAGCCAACGUGAGGCACAUCAAGACGGUGCCGCAGAAAUCACGGACACUCCACUGUGGCGCUGUAGGUGUCCAUCAACAUGCCAGCAAAUGUGAUGAGAUUAUCAUGCUGCAUUUGGGUUACCUGAACUACACUCAGUACUGGGUCACAGUCCGCUUCAAGGGUCUUGAAAACAUAACGUAUGGAAUCAAGGUCACAUUUGUGUGGAAAACCUACAAUCCCACCUUCUCCCAAGUGGAAAUAUGGUUCCGGUUUGUUUUUGUGGUGCUGACCUUCAUGGUGACGUGCUUGUUUGCUCACUCACUGAGAAAAUUCUCCAUGAGGGACUGGGGCAUGGAGCAGAAGUGGAUGUCUAUCCUGCUCCCCUUGCUGCUUCUCUACAAUGAUCCAUUUUUCCCGCUGUCAUUCCUGGUGAACAGCUGGUUUCCGGGGACGUUGGACGCUUUUUUGCAGGCUCUCUUCUUGUGUGCUCUCCUGCUCUUCUGGCUCUGUGUCUACCACGGCAUCAGGGUUCAGGGCGAGAGGAAAUUCCUCACAUUCUACCUGCCCAAGCUGAUUAUCGUAGGUCUUCUGUGGCUCUCAGUGGUCACACUUGGCAUAUGGCAAACGGUUAAUGAGCUCCAGGAUCCCACCUACCUGCACAAAGUGGAUAUUGCAAACUUUCAGGGUAUGAAGGUCUUCUUCCUGAUUGUUGUAAUCUUCUACAUCCUCUACCUAAUAUUUCUGAUUGUCCGAGCUUGUUCUGAACUGAAGAACAUGCCUUACUCAGAUCUCAGGCUAAAGUUUUUGACAGCACUAACGUUCAUAGUCCUCAUUAUAAGCAUGGUCAUUUUGUACCUGAGGUUUGGUGCCAAGGCUCUUCAAGAUAAUUUUGUGGCUGAAUUAUCUACUCAUUAUCAAAACUCAGCUGAAUUUUUAUCCUUCUACGGUCUGCUCAACUUCUACUUGUACACAUUAGCGUUUGUGUACUCCCCCUCAAAAAAUGCCCUUUAUGACUCUCAGCUGAAGGAUAAUCCAGCUUUCUCCAUGUUAAACGACUCGGAUGACGAAGUCAUUUAUGGGAGUGAUUAUGAAGACAUGCCGUUACAAAAUGGACGCGCUAACAAAGUAACUGCCAAAUAUCAGGAUGAGAGCGACAGCGACUGAAGACUUAACGGCAAAUCGCUCUUCCUGUGUCUCCCAGUUGAACACUAUGAUGGAUGAAUUGCAAUAGAUUAACGUGUGUGCAAACAAGGUGAGAGUGCACAUGUAACUUAAAAUGAUACUGUAAGUGUACACAGAUAUAUUUUUAAAAGAACUCUGCUGAAUGUACUGUACUUUUGAAAGUUAAGGUGAACACUCAACAACAAGGGCAAGAUCAACAGAAAAUAGUUUUUACUGAUAUUGUGAACAAUUUUCCUCUCGUAAGCAGCACUUCUUCCCAACUUGAUUAAAAAAUGACCAGGAAAAGUGCUACUAAGAGAUGAGGGUUCACGCAGACCCACUGUUAUUUUUAAUGCUUUGCGGUAAGCCAAUGUUGUCUCUUAAUACUUUUGUUCUUUAUAUCAUUCCGUUCUGCUCUCUGAGAGUCUGAGGAUCAGAAACCACUGAAAGAUACAACUCUAACAUUAUAGUGACGGUAGGAAGUAAAAGGUGUUUGUUAUUAAAUCCUCAGAAGUGUUUAAUUGUAUAGAGAGCCUUGGCUAUAUAAGGUCUUACUAUUUUUGAAAAGCAGCUGUAAAUUUGCACUUUUCACAAUUUUUAUUUAUGUU